AUAUCUCUCAUGAAACCACUUUCUGUUCCCUUUCUUACAAUUUCUUCACUGACAAAGGAAUACCUGCACAUUUCCUCACGCACGCACGCAUACUCAAUCGCCACCACUCCCUCGUACAUCACCCUCUCUUUCUCUCUCUCCCCUUCCUCUUUCUCUUUCUCUUUCUCUCUCUAGCUAUGUGGAUCAUGAUGAGGACCCUGUCAGAGAGUAGAGAGAGCUAUCAGAAGAGGAUAGUGCAGAGAAAACACAGAUUUUUCCAGCCAUAUCAUACCUUAUUAUUUCACCUUUUUCUCUCUGCCACCCGAUUCAUCAAAUCCCCAUGAGACCACCCCUUAUAAUCCACCCUCUCAUCUCCAAUCCCAAACCAAAAAGCCUCACCCUCUAAAGUGAAAAAAAAAAAAAAAAGUGACCACCCAAAGCCCAAGCCAAGUUAUAAAUCCCUCUUUCACUAUUUUGUUUCUGUUGUUCCCCUUCCCCAUGCCAUGACUCUCAUCUCCUAUAUAUAAUCAAAGCCAUAAAGUGUUAGCAUCCAAGAUUCUCUUCUUCUGGUUUCAUUAAUUUCUCUCACACUUUUCACCUCCCUUUUGCUAGUGCUCCUUCUUCCUUUUCUCUGAUGGACUCCUCCUACCAUCACUUGGACCACACUGAAGCUCAUCUGCCACCAGGCUUCAGGUUCCAUCCCACUGACGAGGAGCUCAUAACGUACUACCUUCUCAAAAAGGUUCUAGACAGCAACUUCACUGGUAGAGCCAUAGCUGAAGUAGACCUUAACAAAAGUGAACCAUGGGAGCUCCCAGAGAAAGCUAAAAUGGGUGAGAAAGAGUGGUACUUCUUCAGCUUACGUGACAGGAAGUACCCAACUGGGUUACGAACCAAUAGGGCUACCGAAGCUGGUUACUGGAAAGCCACUGGGAAAGAUAGAGAGAUUUACAGCUCCAAAACUUGUUCUUUGGUCGGGAUGAAGAAAACCUUGGUUUUCUACCGCGGUAGAGCUCCCAAGGGGGAGAAAAGUAACUGGGUCAUGCAUGAGUACCGGCUGGAAGGCAAAUUUGCUUACCAUUACCUUUCUCGCAACUCCAAGGACGAGUGGGUCAUAUCUCGCGUGUUCCAAAAGAGCAACACAACCAACGGAGGCUCAGUUAUGUCUGCUUCGAGUGGCUCCAAGAAAACGAGAAUGAACACCACCAACAGCACUCUCUGCCCAGAACCAAGUUCACCCUCUUCAGUUUACCUUCCGCCUCUUCUGGACUCUUCUCCCUACACCACAACAACCCCAGUAAACUUCACUGACCGUAACAACUGUUCCUACGACAGCACCACCAAAAAGGAGCACGUGUCCUGUUUCUCCACAAUUGCUGCAGCCACCGCUGCUGUUGUCUCCCCCAACAACUUCACCAAUGCAAGCUUCGACCUUCCACCAUCUCAGCCUCUAGGAGUGGAUCCCUUCGCUAGGUUUCAGAGAAACGUUGGUCUCUCCGCCUUCCCAAGUUUGAGGUCACUGCAAGACAACCUCCAGCUACCGUUCUUUUUUCCUCCGGCAGCACAGCCCUUGGGCGGUGCCUCCCGUGAACUCCUCUGGCCGAUGCCGGAGGAGCAAAGGCUGGUCGAUGCGGCCCCCAACAUUCCACUGGGUGUGUCGGAGCUUGAUUGUAUGUGGGGAUACUAGUUUAUCUUUUGAAGACCGUUGACAGCGAAAUCAAGUCAUUGAUAAGCACAGUUCCUCAUGUUAUGUUUUUUAAGCAUUUCAGUUAUGUUCCAUAAUGGCCUUGUAUGGCUUGAACUACGAUUAUCGCAUUCAGUGUUUUUGUUUUCGUGUGUUAACUAGGGCUAGUUGAUGUAACGGUAGUUUGGUUAUUAUGUGGUAUGGUCCACUUUUGGAUUUUUGUUCUUGGAAGUGUUUGCGAUGUCUGACGUGUUUAUCGUGAGAGUAAAUGCAUGUUAUUAAAGAGUCUCA